AUGGUUAAGGAGGAGUACUUCAGGAGAAGAUUCAGUGAUGAGAAGCUGUGCAGCAGAAUCAUCUCACACAUCAAGGCGUCCAGGAGCCUCCACAUCAUGUGCCACAUCCCAGUCCUCUGCUGGAUCACUGCUACAGUUCUGGAGCACAUGUUGACUACAGACCAGAGAGGAGAGCUGCCCAAGAGCCUGACUGACAUGUACUCACACUUCCUGCUGGUUCAGACACAGAGGAAGAAGCACAAGUACCAUGAGAGACAUGACAGAAGUCAGCAGGAGCUGAUGGAGACUGACAGGGAAGUUCUUCUGAAGCUGGGCAGGCUGGCGUAUGAACAUCUGAAGAGAGGCAACCUGAUGUUCGACCAAGAAGACCUGGAGGAGUGUGGUCUUGAUGUCACAGAGGCCUCAGUGUACUCAGGAGUGUGCACAGAGAUCUUCAAAACAGAGUGUGUGCUCCUCCAGAGAAGAGUCUACUGCUUUGUUCAUCUGAGCAUUCAGGAGUUUCUCGCCGCAGUCUACAUCUUCUACUGCUACAUCAGUGGGGACAUGAAGGUACUGAACACAUUCCUGGGAAGAGCCAGCAAUGGACAAUCUCUGGAUGUCGUCCUGAAGGCAGCAAUGCUCAGUGCCCUGCAGAGAAAAAAUGGCCACCUGGACCUCUUUGUCCGCUUUCUUCAUGGCCUCUCACUGGAGUCCAACCAGAGGCUCUUAGGAGGCCUGCUGGGUCAGACAGAGAGCAGACCAGAAGACAUCCAGAGAGCCAUCAACAACCUGAAGGAGAUGAACACCUACAAGUUAUCACCUAACAGAAGCAUCAACAUCUUCCACUGUUUGAUGGAGAUGAACGACCUCUCAGUACAUCAGGACAUCCAAGAGUUCCUGAUGUCAGAAAACAGAUCAGGGAAGGGACUCUCUGCGAUCCACUGCUCAGCUCUGGCCUACAUGCUGCAGAUGUCAGAGGGGGUUCUAGAUGAGUUUGAGCUGCAUAAGUGCAACACACCAUUGGAGGGACGACAGAGACUGAUCCCAGCAGUGAGGAUCUGCAGGAAGGCUCGACUUUGUAGUUGUGGACUCACAGAUUCACACUAUCAAGUCGUGGCCUCGGCGCUGGAGUCCAACCCCUCCCAUCUGAGAAACUUGGACCUGAUGUUCAACCGCAUCCCGGAUUCAGGAAUGGAGCUGCUGUCUGCUGCACUGAAGAGCCCACACUGCAGACUGGAGACUCUGUGGUUGCCUUGUUGCAGCUUGUCAGAGAGCAGCUGUGCUUCCUUGGCCUCGGUUCUGAGGUCACACCCCCACCUGAGAGAGCUGGAACUGAGUGAGAACUACGAGCUGCAGGAUUCAGGAGUGAAGCUGCUGUCUGCUGCACUGGAGAGUCCAAACUGCAGACUGGAGACUCUGAGAUUGAUUGGCUGCCAGUUGUCGGAGAGCAGCUGUGCUUCCCUGGCCUCAGCUCUGAGGUCCGACCCGUCCCAUCUGAGAAAGCUGGACCUGAGUCGGAAUAAGGUUCUGGAUUCAGGAGCCAAGCUGCUGUUUGCUGGACUGGAGAGUCCAAACUGCAGACUGGAAUUUCUGUGGCUGAGGAGCUGUGGCUUGACAGAGAGCUGCUGUGCUUCUCUGGCCUCGGCUCUGAAGUCCAACCCCCAUCUGACAGAGCUGGACCUGAGUGAGAACGAGCUGGAGGAUUCAGGACUGGAGCUGCUGUCUCCUGAACUGGAGAGACCAAACUGCAGCCUGAAGACUCUGACAUUGAUACGCUGCAGGUUGACAGAGAGCAGCUGUGCUUCUCUGGCCUCGGCUCUGAAGUCCAACCCCCAUCUGGCAUACCUGGACCUGAGCCACAACAACCUGAAGGAUUCAGGAGUGAAGCUGCUGUGUGCUGGACUGGAGAGUCCAAACUGUAGACUGAAGACUCUGAGACUGGAUCACUGCGUCUUGUCACCGGGCAGCUGUGCUUCUCUGGCCUCUGUUCUGAAGUCCAACCCCCAUCUGACAGAGCUGGACCUGAGUUAUAACUAUGUGCUGGAUCCAGGAGUGAAGCUGCUGUCUGAUGGGUUGGAGAGUCCAAGCUGCAGACUGAAGACUCUGAGGUUGAAAAAUACUUUCAUCACAAAUGAAGGCUGUGCUUCUCUGGCCUCAGCUCUGAAGUCCAACCCCCAUCUGACUGAGCUGGAACUGAAUCAGAACCAGCAGAUGCAGGUUUCAGGAGUGAAGCUGCUGUCUGCUGGACUGGAGAGUCCAAACUGCAGACUGGAAACUCUCAGGCUGAAAAAUUGUAAGAUCACAGAUGAAGCCUGUGCUUUUCUGGCCUCUGCUCUGAAGUCCAACCCCCAUCUGACAGAGCUGGACCUGAGUGAGAACUACGAGCUGCGGGAUUCAGGAGCGGGGCUGCUGUCUGCUGGACUGCGGAGUCCAAACUGCAGACUGAAGACUCUGAGAUUGAAAAACUGCAGUUUGUCAGAGUUCAGCUGUGCUCCUCUGGCCUCGGCUCUGAAGUUCAACCCCUCCCACCUGACAGAGCUGGACCUGCGUGGAAACGACAGGAUGUACAUCUCAGCAGUGAAGAUGCUGUGUCCUCUUGUGAGAAUCAAUAUUACAGAGUGGAUGUUCAGAGAUUGAAGUAAAGCUGGAUUUCAGCAGACACCCUGCCAGAUCUAAGUGUUGACAGAAGAAUCGGCUUGAUGUUUCUCAUCCCUGGUGUGUCUUCUCACAUCCAGACACAUCCAACAGAAAGGUCCGUCUGUCUGAGGACAACAGGAAGACCGACAUGAGGAGCAGUUUAUUUUCACUUCAGUUCAACCCACAGGACGUUGUUACAACAUAGAGCAAUUGUAUAUGUUAUUAUUAUUUUCUAAAUGGUGACAUUUUAUUGUGACGCCUGGACCGCUGUAUCGCAAACAUAAACCAAACUUUCUUUCCACAUCAUAGUACAGAAGGCGAACUCACUUGAUGUUUGUGUCCAGAGCUAAAUGAAACAGAUAACUCCCCUGGGUUAUGCUCAUGGAUCAGAUUUUGUUUUACCUCAGUAUUUAUUGCUGUGCUUUUAGCCCCUGUUAUGUUUUCAUGUCAUCUGUUCUUUUGUUAGGUGUUUUAUACUUGCUGCAAAUAAAACUUCCAUUGGGACAAUAAUGGUAAAACUUAACACAGUAUUUUAACAAUGUAAUAAAACAAUGAGCACGUCAUAAAAUAACCUUUGAUCUCAGUCAAAGCAGGAUUCUCUCCUUUCAGUUUAAGAAAUUAAUUUAAUUGACAGUGAUCAACAUGCUGGGGAUGUAAUGUGGGUGGGCUGUAUUGCUCUACUUUUUUUUUUUUUCUUAUAUUGAUGCUGCA